GAGAUUCCUGCAGAGUCACGUGAUCAUCAGUCAGGAAAGGAAGAAUGAAGGGAGGAAAGCUGUCUGCUGGCGUCCAAUAACACACUCAGAAGGCAAGUUAAACAUCGAGCCGAAAUGGGAUGGAGAUGUUCUACAUGUGCUGGUGUUUUGAUUGACGGUUGGAAGCAGGCCACACGUGAACGGUUCGCAGAAGAGCUUUGAAAGAACGAGACGGGUGUCCUCGCCAUCAUCAUGAAGUUGAAUGAGAGGAGCGUGGCGCAUUAUGCCACAUGCAACUCUCCUCCAGACAAGACAGGCUUCCUCUUUAAGAAAGGGGAACGGAACACGGCGUACCAUCGCCGCUGGUUUAUUCUGAAGGGCAACAUGCUGUUCUACUUCGAGGAGAGGGAGAGUCGAGAGCCCAUUGGCGUCAUCGUCCUGGAAGGCUGUACGGUGGAGCUCUGCGAGUCUGAGUCCGAAGAGUUCGCCUUCGCCGUUAAAUUCGACUGCGUCAAAGCGAGGGUGUACAAGAUGGCUGCGGAGAGCCAGGCCGCUAUGGAAUCCUGGGUCAAGGCUCUGUCACGAGCCAGUUUCGACUACAUGCGACUGGUUGUGAAGGAGCUGGAGAGGCAGCUGGAAGAGGUACAAGGAGAGAGAUUGUUACAAGCGAAAAACAAGGCGAAGAAACACCUGUCGCAAGCGCAGGGAGCAGAAGCGGGCCUCCGAACCGCCGCCAUAACGGGGCCUUUGCAGGAGGGGCUGUCUAGCAGAGAAAACGGGGUUUCUUGGAGUAAAAACAGUGGUGUGGCAAAUGGUGUCAGCGAAGGCUGCGCCUGGGAAGGUGACUGCAGCGUGAGGGCAGAAGGAGUCAGACCACCUCCGGUACCUCCGCGGAGGAAGACCAAUGGCGGGUCACUCGAGAGCCCCGUUUCGCCCGGCACAGGCUGCUUCUCCAAACUUCAUGACUGGUAUGGCAAAGAAGUGGCUGAACUGAGAAUAGAAUGGCUGCAGAGCAAAUGAAUGAAGCUGCAAGAGACUCUGAAUAUACAUCCGCACUCGUUCCGUGUUUAGUGCGAUCUAGGUUUUUUCAUCUAAAAAUGGAGAGAGCAUCAGAAAUCAGAAAGAUAAUCGCUUGUCCACUGUUACUGAUUAUUUUUUUUGUGUGACCAUUUUUUUAAAGGAACAUUCUGUCAUCAUUUACUCACCCCUCAUGUCAUGAAAAAUCAAGUGACCAAAGUUAGAAAAAAAUCGUUUAUUAAUUAUAUAUGCAUCAAUAUGACAAAAUAAUCCACAAUAUUUAUUUGCAUAUAUGUUUACUAAUACAUGAAAAACAUUGCAUUUCCUUGAACUGUUGAGGGUGGACCUAAAUGAAUCUUUGAAUCAGUUCAUUGGAUCACACAGUUUGAACUGAUGCACAAAAACUAAUUUUAACUCUUUUUGCUAUUGAAGUUUAAUUCAGAAAUGCUAUUAAAAUCAUCUUAACAUUCCUGUACUCACAAGUAGUGAGACAAGGAUGACCGUCUUAAUUUCCAAAUAAAAAGUGCAUUAAUAUAAGUCAUCGCAAUAAUCAGUUGAAAAACAUUAUACAUUGUCAGAAAAGUCAUUGCAAUAUUGGUAUAUAUCGCCCAACCCUAAUGAUUACAGAUUACUAGAGUUUGACCGAUACAGAUGAUUAUUUUUUUUGUGUAAAUUUGUUUAAAUGUUCUAUUUGCCAAUGUAAACGAAGACCUAAAUUAUGAUGAUUACAUUUAGAUCCUGUUCUUUACAUUUAUUUGUAAACCCAAUAUGACAUAAAUGCUGUGAAAUAUGAAAAUUAUCCCAUAAUUUACUCACCCUCAAGCCACCCUAGGUGAAUAUGACUUUCUUCUUUCAGCCAGAAACAAUUGGAGUUAUAUUAAAAAAUAUCCUGGCUCUUCCGAGCUUUAUAAUAGGAGUGAAUGGGGCUUGAGAUUUUGAAGGCCAAAAAAGCGCAUCUAUCCAUCAUAAAAGUAAUCCACAAGGUUAAUAAACGUUUUUGUAAGAAAAAUAUCCGUAUUUAAAACUUUAUAAUAACUGGCUUCCAGUAACAACCAUGUGCAAGUCGAGUUCCGGCGAAAGAGUGACCUCUGACGCAUUGACGAACUCGUAAGAUAGAGCAAAACAAAACACCGGUCUCAAAUUAGAAGUCUAAACGACAAUUUUUAAAGAGAAAUGUUGGAGGAUUUUGAUUUAAAGGGAUAUU